CAUAGACAUGCAGACCAUCUCCUCAAUUGCAAGAAACCACGUAUAUAAGAAACUGGACGAUAGAAAGACGCCGGUGCAUGAUAGUGGAACUUUUUGAGACCGUGAGGUGCUGAACGGGUGCCAGAAUGUGCAAGCACGUCUUAAACGCGCAAGUAUCGAUCAGAAGUCCAUGUUGCCGGAAAUGGUUCGAUUGUGCAGAAUGUCAUGCCGAGCAAGAAACCCAUCCGUUGAUGCAAACUUUUGACAUGGCUUUCAUCUGCAAGAAGUGCAAGAAAGCGUUCAGGAAGAACACGAAGGACUGGGACGAAAGCGACGAGUACUGUCCCAAUUGCGACAAUCACUUUGUAAUAGACGCGCUCACUCCUAAAGCGGCGUUACAAGUUGAGGGUGAAGACGCGAGGGUAGACGCCAGGAUGCUGAAAGACGAACGAGUCCAACAGGCCGAGCAGCGUUCGAUAUUCGACGUCAAGGAUGCGGCUACGCGGCUGGGUUGAAGCGAGGUGGACUACGAUUGUCACUCAGCCAUCACGCUUCGAGAACUAUGCCGACAGAUGCUGCCAGCCUAGAUUUUAGAAUUGCUCAAUCAUGAUUUGCCAUGCCGACUGCUUGGGAUUCCUUUAA